AUGUCCUUCAUCAAGCUUCUCCAAAGGGCAGGCGUUGUUUCGUCUGUUCCUUCGGUUCGUCAAACACUCAUGGACUUUGCACGCACAAAUGAGCUCAAAAACAUUCUCGUGCGCUCAGACUCUGAACUUGGCGGAUACUCCACAGCCCACGUUGAUCUAGAAUCCCUCGAAACUCCUGCGGCACCUCUUCCGGGCAAAGUUGAUGAUAUCUCUUCUUCUUCGUCGUCAUCGUUUGACGCGGCGACGGCCUGUGCGACGCUUGCCCCCAAGAUGGUGGGCCACUUUCACGGCGUACUAAACCUGGAUCUGCCAGCAAACCGACCAGAUGUCGUACAAUCUGGAUACGCUAUGUUCCGGACUAGAGACCAACGUGCACGCGGGUUCAGUGAGAGCGUUUCACAAAUGUUUGGAGACCCGCCUCACUGGGACUGGCGUGGUUGCACACACAUUAUGUUGAGGGUCAAGGGCGACCGUCGCAAGUAUUUUGUCAACAUUCAAGCAGAUUCUCCGUUACCUGCAGACAUUUACCAGCACAGACUGUUUUUGAAGACUCCGGGACAAUGGGAAACGGUUCUGAUUCCUCUACAGGAUUUUAUUCUCACUAACUGGGGGGUUAUCCAGGAACAACGCAAAAUUAAUACCGAGUAUGUCAAGACAAUUGGCAUAGGGCUCAUCGAUAAGCAAUACGGGCCAUUCAGUUUAUAUGUGGACCGGGUAGAGGCCAUCAAUACAGACUAUGUGUCUCCUGAGGGCAAUUCGUCUCAAACAGAGAGCUCAUCAACCCCUCAUGAUAGGCUUCCUGGUAAGAGCAUUCCAAUUGACUAA